GUUACUUUCCCGCUCUGACGGAUUUUGUGCAGCAGAAGAAGAAUCAGACCGGAAACUAAACAGUCGUGGAGCAAGCGCACAGCGGAAGAAGCGUUCAAUAUAGUAAUAUAAGCAACAAACAAACAGCUACAGGCUCAUGGACUCUCCAGCGGUCUCUCUUAGUGGGUCACCACUGGUUACAGCAUGGAGGGGUCUGAUUGGAUGGACAAGUCACUGACUGCACUGCCUCCAGAUCCAGCAGCAGGAUGUCAGACUCUGAUGAAGAUGACCAGAGGAAGGCAGAGUGUACCCACAGGAUGUGGGUGGAGUCUCAGCCAGGUCCGUCUAGGUGUCAGCCCAGCAGACAGGGAUACUGUGGAUACUGCAGAGUCCUGUACAACAACCUGGACCAGCACCUCUCCAGUCUCAGACACUUGGAUUCUGUCCGGGCGUCUUCCAGAGGCUCCAGCGUCAUCUCCUCCACUAGUAGCAGUAGAACCAAACUAACCCUCCUCGAGCGCUUCCUGCAGGAUGUCCUGCAGCAUCACCCGCAUUGCUACAGUGAUCCCAGACCCACCCACGCUGACCUCCCAUCAAUCUCUGCCCCCCCGUUGCCAAGGGCAGAGCUUGAUGAAGUUUGUGUCUCUGAUGACAGCCGGUCACUAGGUACGCGAGAGCACCUGCCCAGUUCAGAAGACGCAUCAUGUCAGCCAGCCAAUCGGCAUGAAGAUGGCAGCAACCGUAGCCAUUCAGGGGCCAAUCACAGUCAACAGCGGCUGUCUGCACCAAUCAGAGAGCAGGAAGAAGGAGAACCCACCCCCACAGGGCACACAUGCUCACCACAAACACAAGUCCCACUUCCCCAGACUCAGGCCCCACCCCCUGUCCAUGGAAAAGCACACAGGAAGACCAACAGGAGAAAAAACAGCGACUCCUCUUCCUUACCGCCCCCCAGCGGUCCUGGUCCAGGCACUGGUCACCUAUCUUACACAGAGGUGAAACCCUGUGUAAAACUGAGCCCUAGCCCCAGUCCAGGACCUAGUCCCAAGACCCCCCAAGAGAUGAGGCCCUGGCUAAGUUGGCAGAAGGAGCGGAGGGAGGCUCAGAAAGAGGAGGCGUUCUCCUCGGACCGCAGUGACCCUCUGGACCAGACUAUUGAGGAGGUAAUCCAGGCGUGUUGUUAUGGCAUCAGUUCCACUCCCUUCCAGCAGGAGGAGACGGAGAGCUUUCACUUCAGCCUCCCUGUCUCCAUGGAAACACACAGUGAUGACUGGGACUCACCUGUUCAGGUAGUUUUCCAGCAAGCUCAGACACUCAGUGGCUCACAGCCCGCACACACACCUGUCCAGGUGAGUCAGACGGAGAGGCAGGACCUGAGCCUUCUGAUGGACGUUCAGGUGGACCUGGAGGACCAGAUGUACUCUUACCAGCUUGAUUCCGCCCUUCACAGUGAGCAGCGAAAAGGGGGUGGAGCCAGACAGGGCCCGGGUUUCUGGACUCUGCCCAUAGAGGAAGUCCUGCCAGCCCCAGCACAUAUCCCAGAAUCCUUCAGGGGGAAGAGCUGGGCCCAGAUCGAGCAGGAGGAUGAAGAGAGGGUGGAAAAAUUGGUCCGACAGUUCAGACAAGGUAGCUUCAUCAGCUACUUCGACAGCGAGUCUCUGGCCAGGUAUGGUAGGAGGAGCCGAAACAAAAAGGGGUUUAGUGAGAACAAGGAGGCGCAGCCACACACAGGUGUCCUGCCCUUAUUGGACCAAGCAGAGCAUGACUCUGUGUAUGUGAGGAGGAGGAAGAGGCGGGGCUUCAGGAUGGCAUCCAGGUGUCAGGUGGUGAAAGUCAGUCACAGCACUCAGACCAAACCAUUGGUCAUUCCGGCUGUCCGUCCACAUGUCCAAAAGGCCACGCCCACCAAGGUCUGUGCAGUCAAUCAGGAAGCAGCAGAGAGGACACCUGAAGUGCAGACAUGGCGCUGCCUUCCUUCGUCGUACUCCAACAUCAUUACACCUGUGCAGCCUCGCUCCUCCUUGGUCUACCUGCUCUGCUCUCCCUUAGCCCCCACCUCUAUCAGCACACCAGUAGCAGGCUCCACCUCCAAACGCUGCAGGAGGAAGAGGCGUCCACUAGAUCUGCAGGGGUUAAAUGUCAAAUACAAACGACUUCCUGUCAGGUUCUACGAUCCUGACACCAAGAGGAUCCUGAAGACCCCCCCCAAACACUUUCUGUGGUGCAGAGGCCCCGCCCCCUCCAGCUCGCCACCACCACCCUACAUCCGUCAGCUAUUUCGAAGUCUGAGUCCAGACCUGAACACUGACAGACCACUUGGGGAGGGGCCCACAGGGUCCCCCAGGGCCAAAGGUCACAAGUCAGCACACCACCCCUCCAGCCAUGCCAGCAGCCUCCACUUGAGCACACUCAGUAGGGAGUCGGGGCAGACUGACAAACAAGACACAGUCAGGCAGAGGGGUCGAACAGCUAAACCCCCAUCCCCAUGUCUUUGCAGAUCAGAGAGGGGAAAGGGGAGGAGGAAGGAGAGGACAGGUCCCCCACCCACCACAAGAAGAACCAGGGCACAGGCCACACCCUCACUGUCCAGGAGGGAAGGCCUGCGAGGCGCUGGACCUGGAAGGAGAGAUCCUGGCUCUCUGGACUCCCCAGUCCCGCCUCACCCCCCUUUACCCCCCCAGGGCAGGGCUCGGAGGGGGCGCUGCCUUGAGAGGGUGCGAAGGUAGUGAUACACCUGUACUGGUACCAGGACACCUGGUCAGGUAACAGCCUCGUUCAUAAGCUUUGAAAAUAAAAGAUUCCUUCACUUGUUAUUAACAGUUAAAUUAUUUGAUUUGAUCAUUAAACGUGAUCGAUCUGAUCAUGAAUCAGUAAUGUUGCCAGGGUUUUUCCUAGGCUUUCAGAUAGCUUAGGCACUGACUUGGUUAGAUGAAGACCUGCAUCACCGUUUUUGACUACUGAAGUUUACACUGCUUGAAAUGGGGAGAAAAAGGUUUCUGUCUGGGAGGACAGUAGUGGGGAAGGCCGCAUACCCUACAAGUGUAGGAGCAGAAUGGCCGUGUUCACAGGUGGUGGUGUUUGAAGCGGUCAGCACCUGUUUUAUACAUGCGUAAUAAUCUUAAGGACAAAACCAUGUUUUUUCUAAACACCCUGAUCUUAAUUUUCAGCUGCAUUUUGAACAUUACAGGUGAACACGCCUAAUUUAUACAGCUACCAGGCAUUAGACACGAACGUUUCCAGAUAACUUGGUGUAAGCUCAAAUAAAAUGCUUCCCUGAUUAACGUAAUCUAGUUCAUUAAAUUAGUUUCAUUAGCAGUUGAUACAUGUCUGUUGAUACAGUUCACAGGAAUUGGUCCCUAACAAAACAGCUAUACUUCAUGUAUUCUCUGUGGAGGCUAACAUUACGGAUGGCUGUAGCUACCGUCCCUAGUUGAUGGUACAGAGAAUUAUCUAGUCAGCUGUUCGAUUAGCUUGGUGAUGCUGCUACACACCAACUGCACAAUCAUCCGUCCAAACACUUAUUUGUAAUUGACAGGUCAUUCCUGUUGACAGCUUCCAUUUCAGGUUGAGAUCAAGUCACUUAUCUGAUUUUUCAGUGCAUAUAACUCACUGUCAUUUUUACAUUAUUUCUGAUAUGUUUAUGUUCAUUCAGCUUAGGUGCUGCAAAAAUGCUUUCUGUGGUAGGGAAAACCCUGGUUGCAGGUUGCUAUGGAAAGUUAUUAACAAAAUAUUUGAAAGCACAAACCAAAUGAGAGUUAGAUAUGCAUGAGCAGCAGCCCACCAAACUCAAAUAGCACCACCUUUUGAGCACUUAAAGAAUUGAGUGCACACGAGGGUGAUUUUGGUCCAUGUCCUUAACAGGUAAUGGAUUUUUGUUUUGAAAUGAGAAACCUAAAAUCAGAAAAUGAACUGUUUUCCAGUUGCCAUUUAGAAAUCGGGAAACAAAAAUGGAAAACAGGUAAUUUUUUGUUUUGAUAAAACAUGUAAAACAAAAUCAAUGACUGUUAUCUGAUUUUGUUUUAUAUAUUUUAGAUGGAAAUCAGGAAUUAAAGCAGCCUAUGUGUAUUCUCUUCAUUUCUGUGUGUCUGCCAGUUGGAACAAGGGUGGAGUUUUGCUACAUAGUGUGGUGGCAAUUUUACACAACAAUACACACACACAAGGUGCAGCGCAGAAACCACAGCAGAACAGACGGGGACAUGUGCACUGUGCACCACAUUAAUCAUGAAUUGAUUUGUGAUUUGCAUUUAAAAGAUAUCAAACAAAAUCAGAUAAGGCCCAUUUAUUUAAUUUUCCAUAGUUUAUUAU